AUGCGCAAAUUCAGGACAGUUAUUUUGUUCCUCGUUUUUUACCUUUCGUUUUAUCUGACCCGUUCACACAAUGAAAACUUGGACGAUAUCGUAAUUGUGGACAAGUCGGAGGAAGCCCUCCAUGGAGAGGGGGACCAGAUGAAAAGUGCUGGAGGCGCAGAGACAGACCCGGGGCAGUUUAUACAGUCCUGGGCGGGUGACAACGAAAACCUGUUUUACUUCAAGAUAGGUAUUUUCGUGUGCCUAUUAAUAGUGGUCAUCGUGAAUGGAGUGGUGGGCCGAAAGACGAACAGAAUGAUCGCCCUGUACUGGCUGAGGACAUGCAAAGAUAUCUUCCUUCAGAACUUUGCCAAGCUGGGAAAUGACAAAUCUUUUUUAUUUGAAAAAUCAUAUGACAAAUUUGAGUUUUACUGCACAGGUAGAAAAAAUUGCAACUACUAUUUUGCUAAUUUAAAUUUAUGCAAGAGGCAAUGUUUGUGGAGGUAUUUCAUUUUCAGUCAUUUUGUCAAGGAAAGGGACACCAUGAGUGUAGCUAUUCAGUUCGAAAAACUGGACAAGGGAGUUCUCUGUAUAUAUAAGAAGCACCAGAAGAAGUACAUCGAUUGUCGCUUCCCCAGUUUGAAUAAGUACACAAAAUUAUUGACCAAAAAGGAAUUGAAAGCAUGUUACGACAUCAAGGGGGAUUCCAAUGAAAUCAUGGAUCUGGUUUUAAGUGGAAAAAUAUUGAACUUUUUAAAUACCUAUGAUAGGUACAUAAAUUAUGUGUGUAUCACGGACAUUGCAUUGUUUGACUCGGAGGACAGAUUAAGUGGGGAGAAGGAAGAAAAAGGUGAGAAGCAGUCGAAUGACCAGAAGGAUCAACGUAGCAACAAAGGAGGGAAACAUAAGUUCUGCUUCUUGAACUUUGUUAUCCCUAAAGACCCGGAAGAACUACGCACGUUGGUAAAUUUUUCAAUCUACAUGAUCGACGCUUGCUACUGUAUUGAGUUAUCAGAAAAGGUUAGGGAUCACGUGAGGAAGCUUCGAAGCAUUGUGGAGAAGGAAGACCAGAAGAGAAAACAACAACUGAAAGAAUUGCAGGAACGGAGAAAAGCCCAAAAAUUGCAAGAGGAGAAGGAAAAAAUUGAAAAGAUGUCUGCCGAGCAGCAGAGGAAGUACGAGGAAAAGAAGCAGAAGAAGAGUUUGAAGAAAAUGAAAAAAAUUAAAAUUAUAAAGAUGUGA